GCCGGGAAGUCGGUGGAGAAAAAAUACCCAUGGAUAUUCCGGGUGGGUUGCACGACGCAUGCCCUUGACCUCGCGUUGGAGGACAUGGACAAGCGCAUUCCGUGGUUUGCGGAGACUGUGAAGAGGGGGAAUGUGUUGGGGAAGUUCGUGAUGAACCACGACAAGGUUCGAGCACUCUUCCUGACCAAAUCGGGUGGUGCCGAGAUUAAGAGGCCAGGCGUCACUCGAUUCGCGACCAACAUCAUCAUGUUGCAGUCGCUGUGGGACAGGGUAAAUGCCCUGAAAUUGACUGUGGCUACCAGCGGGUGGGUCUCCUCCCUGGUGCCGCCCCACCUGCGUUCUCAAUUCGAGGAGGUGACGGCGACUAUCUUGGAUGGCGGCUUUUGGGAGCGGGUGGACAACGCCUUGAGGACCACGGAGCCCAUCGUCAAGCUACUGAAGCUCGUCGAUGGUCCGGGUGCAACAAUCGCCAAGGUUUAUCAUCGAAUGGAUGGUGUGGUGGAGUCGAUUCGCAAGUUGGACAUCUUGGCAGACUUCGAGAAGGCAGAGGUCGAGUCGAUCCUCAUGGAUCGAUGGGCGUUCAUGACUUCAGAGCUGCAUUGUGCAGCAGCCUUCUUGGACCCGGAGUACAGAACGCAGGGCUCCUUCAAAGACACUGAGAUCCGAGCCGGGUUGAACAUAUGGUUGUAUACCUGGUGCACAGACGAGAUGUUCGAUGAUGUGAGCUGGCAGGUUGACGAGUGGGUGCACUUGAAGGGGGCCUUGCAAUCAGAGGAAGCUUUGCGCGCAGCACGCACCAAGACCCCGGCGAUGUGGUGGGAUGCGUUUGCAUCGUGGCUGCAUCUUUUGCAGCCCCAAGCGAUCGGACUAUUGGGCCAGGCAAGCUCAUCCGCGGCAUGCGGAUGCAACUGGACUUCAUCAGAGGAAGGGGAUGAUGAAGGUCAUGAUGCCAACGAUGGAGAACCGCGGAGUGUAGAGGAGGGAACUGAGCACGAGGAGGAGGAAGAGGAAGCCGAGGAGGAAGAGGAAGGUGAGGAGGAAGAGGAAGGCGAGGAGGAAGAGGAAGGCGAGGAGGAAGAGGCAAAUCUCAAUUCCGUCUUUCCUCCCUUAGUAGUCUCUACAACUUUCUUGAAGGCUUUAAUUUGCCCGUCCUCAUCCUCGAGUUUACCAAGGGCUUUUAUCAUUUUCAAAACCUGAUUGAUUCCCACUGAAAAUCUCUUCUUUUGCUUCUCGUUUUCCUUCCUCCUUUAGUCUCCUAACCCUUUCAGCAGAUUCUUCCCUCCUGAUCGAAUUAGCAGAUAGUUGAUGCUUGAAGUCAUUUUUCGUACUGACCAUAAAGGUCUGCUCUUGAGCAGUCUCAGGAUCCUGUAGACUGAUCCAAGAUGACCCCUCAUGAUUGAAAAAUUGGACUGCCUCCAUCCUAUGCAGGAAUGAAGUUCCCAAGAUACA